AAAUGUAAUGUAGAAUAUUGAAGUUGAUGAUGAUGGUAUACAUCAAUCUCUUGUCAAAGAAUCACCAAAGAAUGUGAUUCCAAUGACACAGAACUGGACUGCACACAAUGUACUCUUCUCUUGCGAGCAUAGAACUCCAGCAACGUGGUGAGUCACCAAGCUCUUGCGUAAUCUACAUCCUGUCCUGCUGCUCGCAAGAAGCAUUUUCGGUGCUCAGGAUUCCAAACAAAAUGCAAUCCGGAUCCAACUUCAUCCUCGAAGGCUCAACCGCGUGCACAAAUGCGACGGAGACAGUGCAGUGCCGGAGGUCGCCCAUGUAAAAGACGACGGUGGGCCAAACGUGCAGUCCAUCGCUUGCAGUUCAUCGUUCGUUCGUUCGAGCCUUGGUUUGCAAAGAUGCUCGACCCUGACGAGCAUGAUGUGCAAAAGGCGUUGCCUGAGCUCGAUCCGAUUCUCUCUUCGGGUUCUCGACGGACGGACGGACGACAUUCGGGUUCGGGCGAAGGGCUGAAGUCGUGGGAUCCAACGCCGCUGAUCCUCGCCUGCCUGCCUGCCUGGCCCUGGCCUACCACGAAGCAAAAGGUGAAACCUCGGUCUCUGCCUGCCUGACUGCCUGCCCGCCUGCCGGGACUUGCGUUUACGCUAAGCACGGGCGUGUUCCCCCUCACGGGCUUUGUUCCGAUGAAGAGAUUCGUCUCCUACAUCCUCUCGGGAUUUCGGUACGAUGCACAUUCGCCCUCGCAAUAUUUGGAUCUGUGAAAGAUUCUCCGUCUCCGUAGCAACGGGAGAGGGUUUUGCGCCCACCAAAUUAAGUCCCUUGCCCUACGAGCGCAUUUGGUGUGGUGGUCCCUGUGAGACUGGUAGUAGUACCUUGCACCGAUGCACGCCCAUGAUUCUAUAACACGCCCACAGCCUCCAAAGCGCAUGAGCUCUAUUUCCGGCCAGCCAUCCCCGGACGACUACAGUUGCCAAACUGGGAAUUCAUCACAUCAUCCGCAUGUGCAUGUUGCAGAUUGUGUCCCAGGCGAGGAGAGCCGACUGAACAAUAAACACUCUUCGAGGAUGUUGUUCAGAAGCUUCGCCCUAGCAAUCGGCUUUGUUUAGUAACGUCGAGGUCAUGGAUGGAGAAGCUGGCAGCUGCCUGGACGACAACGUGGGUCCUGAGAGUGGGCUACGAUGAAAAUGAGCUGGAAGAACGAAAGUAACACAGUCCACAACGAAAUCGGCAGAACUCAAGCUUUCAGUGAGACCGAGUCCGAAGUCUCCCAAACCCCCUCCCUUCCACGCCGCCCAUUCCCUUUCCGGCCAUCUUCAACAGUUCAAUCGGCCGAUGUGACCAGUGGCCUGCUCCGACUUGCACGAUGGUCGCUGUUUGAUAACGCGCAGCAGGGCCGUGAUAUGUUCCCGCUCGCUCUCAUGUUGAGAGCAGGAACACUAAAACUGCGCCAGCGAGGGACUAAAACUCCUGAAAUCACGGCUCGGUGCUUUUAACCGAAUUGUUCUGCUCGGAAGUGAGAGCAGUUCUCUGCUGAAACCACUUCUCCCCCAGCCCCGGCUUGCCACUUGGACAUCCCUGGAAUGACGACAAGAACAGCAGAAGCGGUGUAGCUCCACGACUCGACGGAACAUCCCCAAGUUUUCAUGAUCUUAAUUACUGUCAAGUGCCUCAAACUACAGUGCUCGAAGUAAGUGCAGAACAGUGUGCUCAAGCUUAGGCUGCUCAGCAGCCUAAGCCGGAAAUUUGAUAAUAGGAUCUCCCGUCACUCGCUCUGUGCCCGAGAAGAUGAUGAUGAUGGAGGAGGUGGUGGAGGAGACUUCAUGAGGCGACUCCGGCUUGACACUUGGUUGGUUCGCAGUGCGCAGUGCUCACUCCUACAACUGCUACCGAACGUCGUAGGGGCGUCUCGAGAUCGCGAUCUUGCACUCUGAUAGAUAGUUCCAGUACAGUAGAUAUUGCUGGUUGUCUGAACCUGAGGUGCCCUGCUGCAGUACAGUGGUGUCCUCGAGCUUGUGUACUGUGAGUGUGUGUUCUCCGGCCGCCCGACAAACUUUGAGAUUUUCAGAUUGUUGAGAGAGAUUUAGAACAAUAAUGUCCAAAUCUCUUAUUGCAUGAAUGAACUGGCGGCCACUUUCUUUGCCCCCACCUCACCUUCCACAACGGGAUGGUUGAAACCGUUCAGAAAACUCUGUGGAAGGAACCCAAGCUUGACACUUGGUGGGCUCAUCAUAUAACCAG